ACUUCCAACUCAUCGUGUCAUUAUUGUCAAUUGUCAGUUCUUUCUAAUUUGCUCAUCAAAAAGUUAGGGCUCCAAAGUCUUAAUUCCAACAACAAGUCACUUUAAAAAAGUUUUAAGAAGUUGUUUCAGACUUUUUUAUCUAAAAUACACUUUCUAAAAUGUUUUUGUGGGACUGGUUUACGGGAGUGCUUGGAUAUCUAGGAUUAUGGAAAAAAUCUGGAAAAUUAUUGUUCCUUGGUUUGGAUAACGCUGGCAAAACCACAUUGUUACAUAUGCUUAAAGAUGAUAGAUUAGCACAACAUCUUCCAACUUUACAUCCUACAUCAGAAGAACUUUCAAUUGGUAAUAUGAGAUUUACAACUUUCGAUUUAGGUGGGCACGAUCAAGCUAGAAGAGUUUGGAGGGAUUAUUUUCCAGCUGUAGAUGCUAUAGUUUUUCUUAUUGAUGCUAAUGACAAAAGCCGGUUUUAUGAAAGUAAAAAAGAAUUGACUGCUCUUCUCACUGAUGAAACACUAGCGAACUGUCCAAUUCUCAUCUUAGGUAAUAAAAUCGACCUUCCAGCAGCCGCAUCAGAGGAUGAACUGAGAAACUUUUAUGAACUAUAUGGAGAAACUACAGGCAAAGGCAAAGUGCCCAGAAGUGAUUUACCAGGUCGACCUCUGGAACUAUUUAUGUGUUCUAUUUUAAAGCGUCAAGGAUAUGGGGAAGGUUUUCGUUGGUUAGCGCAAUACAUCGAUUAAAGUCGCUUUUUGUUCAACUUUAGUUUGAUGAUGUUAGGAUAUAUUAUUAGAUAUUAUCUUGACAUCACUAACAUUACAAAAUUCAAAUUGUUUGAGGUUUUUAAGAGAAAAAAAGAUAAGUUUUUGAAAAGCUUCACACAUUAAAAAAAAAACCGUGGCUAUAAUAAGAAAUUUUGGGGCUUAACAAUCAAUUAAUUUAUUUCAAAUGUGAGCUCUUGCUUUUUUUCGUACUAAAUAAAUCUCAAAUUUAUCUAAAUCAUUAAAAUCAUCCCUCAACUUUUACAUUUAGGUGAAUAUUUAGUGUAUUUUAAUUUGUUUGUUAAUUUUAUUGUAUAUUAUCAAAUAUAUUUGGAUUUGGAAUAUAAAAAUGUACUUUAAA